GCUGCACUAGCGCACCCACCAUGGCCUCCCGCAGCGCGGGCACCCUACUGACCGAGUUCAAUGCCGCCUACGUGCCCCCUGGCCUCAUGCCCGGGUACCAAGGCCACGUCCCCACUGUGGCCUUCUCCUUCGGCGCUCCCUAUGGCACCACCACCCUCAAGUACUUCCAGGACCACCGAAACACAGCCAUGGAGAAGAGCCACACUCCCUUCAGCCAAGGCGGCCACUUCCCCACCAUCUUCUCCACCAACCCCAACCUCCUGCUGAUGGAGCGCGCGAGCUCCCGGGACCGCUGGCUGCACAAGCCCAGCUACACUCGCUUCAACCUGGACAGCCACCGAUCCACAGAGCUCACGAACUUCUACCAGACAGUCCAGCAGCAUCGGACGUACUAUCAAGACAAGACGGGCACGGUGCCUCGAGUCCCCUACUUUGUGCUGCCUGUGAGGGAGCCGGAACACUACCCCCUCCCCACUGUCCUGCCUCCUCUGUGCCCAAAGAAGAAGUGGCACCUUUUGAGACUAGCCCCUGAGAACCUGAAGACCUACCAGACCUUCCCGUCAGGGAAGAGGGUCUCCCCACAAGAGCGGGAAAGGAGAGACUGCUACUUUGAGUUCAGAGCAUGAGACCAGGUGCCUGAUGCCUGAGAUCCCGGGUCGAGACCAGCCCGGCUUCCUUGGAAUAAAAUCUUUAGCCAUGA